CGCUAUGUAAAGGAAGUGAAUCCGGCAAAAAUGAAUAUGAUCUUAGUGAAUAAGUCGGAUAUGUUGACAGAACAGCAGCGCAAGCACUGGGCGGCGUACUUCGAUGCAGAAGGCAUACGUACAGCAUUCUUUUCGGCCACUAUGGCGGCAGAGGAGUUAAAAACAAUCAAUGAAGAAAGUGGUAACGAGCAGAAAGGGAGGCAAGAGAUUGACAGUGAGGCUGACAGCGAUAGUGACAAUGAUGCAAGCGACGCGGAUGCCGAAAAUGAUAGUGAAGCGCCUGCAGAACGAGCACGCACAGAAUCCAGCAAAUCUGAAAUGUCUUUGGAUGAUGUAAAAGCCGCAGCCGAUGAAAUUAAUAAGUCUCUGGAUAAUGUUGAAAGCUUAUUGAGCAAAAUUGAGCAGAAAAUCGAUCCCAACGCUACUGCGUCGCAUAAGGAACAAAUUAAAAACGAUUCAAAAGUGCUGACACGCGAAGAACUCAUAGAUUUCUUUAAAAGCGUAUACAGUGGUAAAACCUUUACAGCGGAAGUUACUACUAUCGGCUUGGUGGGCUAUCCAAAUGUAGGCAAAAGUAGCACAAUUAAUGCGUUGAUGAUAGAAAAGAAAGUUUCGGUAUCCGCCACGCCUGGCAAGACGAAGCAUUUCCAAACUCUAUAUCUGGACAACGAUUUGCUACUGUGUGAUUGUCCCGGUUUAGUGAUGCCAAGUUUUGUGCUGACCAAAGCUGAUAUGAUACUUAACGGUAUACUGCCAAUAGAUCAGAUGCGCGAUCAUGUGUCGCCUGUGAAUUUGCUUUGCGAACGCAUACCGCGACACGUGCUAGAGGAUAAAUAUGGCAUAAUCAUAGCUAAGCCCAUGGAGGGUGAGGAUGAGAACAGAGCGCCACAUUCAGAGGAGUUGCUGCUGGCUUAUGGAUACAAUCGCGGUUUUAUGACAUCCAAUGGCCAGCCGGACCAAUCGCGUUCGGCGCGCUAUGUCUGUAAGGAUUAUGUAAAUGGUAAAUUGCUCUACUGCGUUGCACCACCAAAUGUACCUCAAGAGGAAUACCAUGUCUUUCCGCCCAAAACCAGCAAGGAAGUCGUUGAACAAAAACUGCCAAACCAACAACAGCGCGCUAUGCGGAUCAACACAAAAUCCUCUUCGAAGGAGAUCGAUAAGCAAUUUUUCGAUGCCAACAAUAGCAAUGCUUACGUAAAGGGCCGCAGUGAUUUUCCACAUGUGCGUGUUGCCAAUGACGGCACUGUGGUGAGUGGUCCAGCCACAGAGAAGCCUUGGCGUAGCGUGAAAAAAGAGCGCCGAGAGAAGUUACGAAAAAAGUUUUCACAUUUAGAUCAGCAUUAAUUGAGGGCAAGCUGUUGCUAAAAUAUAUAGGUUUUCCUUCAAAAUAAAAGUACAUCCCUUAAGAUCAAAUGUAGACUGAGCGCUAAAGGGAAACUUUUUUUAAUGAAUUAUUGUAACUGCUAAUGUAAGUGGGAUUUGCAACUAUAAGCUUUGUAUAUACAUAUGUAUGAAUAUUAAAUAUUUAUAGUUGAUAAGAAUCUAAAAA